AUGGGGUCUGAUGUGCGGGAUCUCAAUACCUUGCUACCUCCUGUAUCCACUUUAUCCGGGAACAGUGGAUGCAACAUGCAGGUUGGUGCUAACAGUCAGUGGACUCCAGUUCUGGACUUUCCCCCUGGUGCGCCUUACGGAUCAUUGGCUCCUCACUCCUUCAUCAAGCAGGAACCCAGCUGGAACCCAGACCCCCAUGAAGAUCAAUGCCUUAGCGCCUUCACUGUACAUUUCUCUGGCCAAUUCACCGGGACUGCUGGGGCAUGCAGGUAUGGAACCUUUGGGGCACCUCCACCUAACCAGGCACCUACAACCCAGACCAGGAUGUUUCCCAAUACCCCCUACCUGUCCAACUGUCUGGAGAACCAGCAGGGCAUAAGGAACCAAGGUUACAGUGCAGUUGCUUUUGAUGGAACUCCAAGUUAUGGCCAUACUCCCUCCCAUCAUACGGCUCAGUUUAACAAUCAUUCCUUUAAGCAUGAAGAUGUGAUCAGCCAGCAGACAACAAUAGGAGACCAGCAAUAUUCAGUUCCUCCUCCAGUGUAUGGUUGUCACACCCCUACAGAUAGCUGCACUGGGAGCCAAGCUCUGCUACUCAGGAAUCCUUACAACAGUAGCGACAAUAUUUACCAAAUGACUUCGCAGUUGGAAUGCAUGACGUGGAAUCAGAUGAAUUUGGGAACUUCUCUUAAGAGUCACCCAACAGCGUAUGAAAGUGAUAGCCACAGUACUCCAAUGCUGUACAGCUGUGGGGGUCAGUAUCGGAUACACACACAUGGAGUGUUCAGAGGGAUACAAGAUGUCAGACGGGUACCAGGAGUGAACCCAGCAAUAGUCAGGUCAGCAACAGAGACAAGUGAAAAGCGACCUUUUAUGUGCGCGUAUCCCGGCUGCAAUAAGAGAUACUUCAAGUUGUCCCAUCUGCAGAUGCAUAGCAGGAAGCACACAGGUGAAAAACCAUACCAAUGUGACUUCAAAGAUUGUGAGCGCAGAUUUUCUCGUUCAGAUCAACUAAAAAGGCAUCAAAGGCGACACACAGGUGUUAAACCUUUUCAAUGCAAAACAUGCCAGAGAAAAUUCUCCAGAUCUGAUCACCUGAAGACACACACCAGGACUCAUACAGGUAAAACAAGUGAGAAGCCGUUCAGCUGCAGAUGGCCAAGCUGCCAGAAGAAGUUUGCCAGAUCAGAUGAAUUAGUUCGACAUCACAACAUGCACCAGAGGAACAUGACUAAACUUCAAUUGGCUCUUUAG